CUACAAUUGGAGCUUAAUAAUGACGCCAACGCAUAAAAGCGACGUCACUCUAUGACAUUGUUUUUCUCUGACACUGAACUUUCUUACAAGUUACAAGUCACUGUCGAGUUUCAUAAGCUAGAGCUAGAAUAGCUCAAAUCGUCCACCGUCUCGCUUCACGGCGAACGUUCUCUUUCGCUUCCACAACCGCCGAAAACCGGUGAGGAGUUCGGGCCUUGAGGUGAAAGAAUGGAAGGUGUGGGGUCAAGAUUGGGCCGGGCCUCGGCCCGGUACGGCCCGACGCAAGCGGUGUUCAACGGGCCGGUGAGGAGGUGGAAGAAGAAGUGGGUACACGUGUCAUCAUCACCAUCGUCGUCGUCGUCAGUGAGUCAGUCCAACGGCCACAGUAAGAACAGCACCAACAACGGUUCUCCUCUCCUGCUCUGUAAGUGGACGCCACUCUCCUCGAACCCCUCGGAUAAGGGCGGAGCUCCGCCGGAAGAACCGCCGAAGCGACGGUUUCGGUACACUCCUGUAAGUGCAUGCUUGUUUAAGUAG